ACAGACAAGGAGAGUGAGCGAGCGAGUUCUGGGGCCUUGUUGUUGUCGUUGCUGCCGAUGUUGUUUGUGUCCCUCUGCCCGACUCGAAUUUCCGUCCACUUUUGGUGAUCUUGCUUCUCCAUUUCUCAAGACAAUCUUGCAAAGGUGUUGUUCACUUUCCUGCUCCAACGCCCGCGCUCUCUGUCGCCCUCCUUCUCUCCUCCCUCUCUUUCGCUGUUCGGUGCGCCUCUCUCUUGCCUUGUAGAGCAAUCUGUCCGUCUGUGUCGAGGUUCGCGCAAGCGAAAUCAAUUGAGGCGUCCUCGUUUCUCCGUCACCUGUUUGGAAGGCCUGUCUAGUGGCCCUGCCUGAUGUCGGAGGUGGGUACAAGUAGAAGCUCAGUGAAGUGAAAGUCGGACUAGCGUGUAUAUAUAGUGGUGGCAAUUGGCUGCAAUUGGUUCUGUAGGAGAGAUUUAAUUUGUAAAUUUCUUCGUUGUAGACGGGUCUGUGCACCUGUUCGCAGGUCUUAUAGCACCGCGGUGGACGGGUGGAGGGGUCCGAGGAUAGGGUUUUUUGUGAAGAGGAUGAAAGGAGGAAGAGAAUAAUUGGCUCAAUUGACCAUUCGGAGACAAUCUGAAGGUAGUUUAGGCACAGUGGAGACGGUGCACCGGUGGCCUGUAGGAGUGGGGGAGGUUGAGAGAACAGUUUUGAGGUUCUUGGGUGCUAGGAAGUAGGAGGGGUAUGUGGAGGUGGUGGUAUGAAGUGCGUUGGUUGCGAAGUUGUCGAUAAUUGAGUCUGUGAAGGAAGAUUGGAGGAAAUUGGACAGACGGCAUAUGUUUCGGGAAGAGAAUUUUGUCCCAGGUUGUCGAGUAAUUGUAUCACCAACUCUGUCAGUGCAGUGUUUGUGUAAGUGGCUCGCUCUCGUAUUUGCUUGAGCAACACAUCUCUUUGCUCCGAAUUGGGCCGCUGAAGGAAGCUCUGCUGGUGGAAGAAGCAGUGGAAGUCAGAAUUGUGCAUCGGUGAUACUGCCCGGGUUGUACUGUGGUCGCUACCAACUCUUGUGAUCUUUUUGUGGAGUUUUUUCGUUGUGUGUUCUUGAGGCAGUCGGACGGUAAGAAGACAAGAACGAUGCGUGUUAAGUGGAACAUCUGGGAUGUUAUAGACAAGAUUGAGGAGUGGUGGCCGUGGCACGAUCAGUCUACAGAUGACAAGGAUUUCAAUCCAGAUCUCAAUCCGGUUCUUCUGGUACCCGGCAUCGGUGGUUCAAUUUUGAAUGCCGUUGAUGAGAAAGGGAAGAAGGAGCGUAUUUGGGUGCGUCUGUUUGCUGCGGACCAUGAGUUUCGAGCGAAACUCUGGUCCUUUUACAACCCAGAAACAGGAAAAACCGAGUCUUUGGAUCCUACCAUACAAAUCGAAGUACCUGAUGACAGAUUUGGUCUCUACGGUUGUGACAUCCUAGAUCCUGACAUUAUUUUGCGACUGGAUGUUGUCUACUACUUUCAUGACCUAAUCAAGCAGUUGUUGAGCUGGGGCUACAGCGAAGGGACAACUCUGUUCGGGUUUCCAUAUGACUUCCGUCAAAGCAAUCGACUUCCAGAGCGCAUGCAGGAAUUUGAAACUAAGCUGAAGCAAAUGUAUGAAGCCUCAGGGGGGAAGAAAGUGGAUAUAGUCUCACAUUCUAUGGGCGGCCUUAUCGUGAAGAACUUUUUGGCUCUUCACCCAGAGGUCUUCGAGAAAUACGUGAACAAAUGGAUUGCUGUCACUGUACCGUUUCAAGGUGCUCCAGGGUUCAUCAUGGAUUGCCUCUUGACUGGAGUGGAAUUUGUGAAAGGCUGGCAGCGAGAGCUCUUCAUCGCAAAGUGGAGCAUGCAUCAAUUGCUGAUUGAGUGCCCUUCCGUUUAUGAACUCAUGGCAUCUCCACAUUUUGAGUGGAAUGAUGUUCCUGAGUUGCGAUUGUGGCAUCAGCGAGUCGGAGGCAAUGGAGAGUCAGAGUGUGAAAUGGAAGUCUUUGGCCCCAAAGAUUGCAUUGGCGUAAUGAUGGCAGCGCUUAAGGACAACAUGCUGGAGUACAAUGGAGAACAAGUGAAUGUACCAUUGAAUCGAGAUAUAAUGGCAUGGGCGAUGGAAACUUUUCGAAUUCAGAAAACAGCCAAAUUGCCCAAGAGCGUCACCUUUUACAACGUUUUUGGCACGGAGCUCUUAACACCUAUGCAUGUCUGCUAUGGAAGUCAGGAAUCUCCAAUACAGAUGUUGCAAGACAUUCUAAGAACGGAGGCCGACUAUGAGUUCGCGAACGGCGAUGGAACUGUACCGGCAGAGUCAGCCAUGGCCGAUGAGCUGGAUGCCAAGGCCAGAAUAGGCAUCCCCGGGGAGCACAGGGGCAUUUUGAAUGAUGAUCGAUUCUUCAGGAUCAUGAAAUCUUGGCUCGGCUGCGAUACGGAUCCGUUCUAUGAUCCUCUUAACGAUUACGUGAUACUUCCCACGAAGGCUGAGUUUGAGGAGCACAAGAGACAACGCAUUAUGAUUAGCACUGAAGGAGACGACACUGAAGAUUUAGUUACUGAUUUUGAUGAGAACGAGGAUUAUGUCAUGGACAUGGAGAAGGAGUACAUUGCAACCAUUUCAUCUAGGACCUCUGAUAUUCGAGCUGAGGCUCAUGCACAUGUGACGAGAUCGCGCCUGUCCGUGGCAGAGAAGAAGGAUUGCAUCGAGAUCGAUACUGUUGGAGUCGCAGAAGGAGCAGAUGCGAAGAAGACCGCAACAGCUCUGGAUCAAGCUAUGGCAGCUGCUUCAGAAGAGGCGAUAGCAGCCAAUACAAGGGGUAAGAGAGCCACUAUCAUAGCUCGAUGAAAAGGGCACAAAGAUAUAUUCUAGGGAUCUCUCACCUGUCUGCAUGAUGUUUUGUCCCUCAGAAUGCCCCCGAUGAACGUCGAAUCUGGAUCGUGUUCAGCUACUCUGGGCUCUCCUGGUCAUAUAUUACGCAUUAGGAAUCGGCUUCGACCAAUCAUAUUCUUUUAGUGUACAUCACAUGAAUUGUGUUUUUUAUCUUAGCGCACGACCCUUGAUAGUCAAGGGCUAGACUGUACAGUGUAUAUGCCCUGUAUUAUUACUUGUCCAAUAAUACACAAAGCUCAUCUCAGAAAUCUGAGUUUGAGCUACGUAGCAGACUCUAACGACCUCUGUAUAGGAUGCAUCGUUCCGGUAGUGUAUACUUGUAAUCAUCACCCAUUCGACUGAAAGCCUGUAAAAGAUUGUGGAUCAUGACAUUCUAUGGCACACGUCCUGUUUGAAGGAUUAUUUUAUUUGACAGACUUCGACUGACUUUGUGAGCUUACUGUACAUCCUUUUAUCGCAUUGCAUAUAA